AGACAACUAAUAAUUUGUAUUUUACAUAGAAAUACAAAUACUAUAAUCCAUAACCCUAGCUUCCUUCUUAGUCUCCCACCCAACAAUGGCGUCGUCUUCUCUCCUUAACCCAUCAACUUCUCUUUUCCAAAGCCCUAAACCCAAGCUUCAUCGCCAUCCCAAGAUCUCCACCCACAUUUACACUUUACCAAAAAUCACAGCCUCAUCUUCUCCUCCAAAACUUCAUGAAAACAUCCGUGAAGAAGCCCGCCGCCAUGUCAAAUCCCACAACUUCUCCGCCAAAUACGUCCCAUUUAACGCCCCACCAGACUCUGUCGAAUCAUAUUCCCUCGAUGAGAUCGUUUAUCGCUCUCGUUGUGGUGGUCUCCUUGAUGUUAAACAUGAUAUGGAAGCUCUGAAACAAUUUGAUGGUAAUUACUGGAAAUCCUUAUUCGAUUCUCGUGUUGGUAAGACUACUUGGCCUUAUGGUUCUGGUGUUUGGUCUAAAAAAGAAUGGGUUCUUCCUGAAAUUGAUAGUGAUGAUAUUGUUUCAGCUUUUGAAGGUAAUUCUAACCUUUUUUGGGCUGAAAGAUUUGGUAAACAAUUUCUGGGUAUGUCUGAUUUAUGGGUUAAACAUUGUGGGAUUAGUCAUACGGGUAGUUUUAAGGAUCUGGGUAUGACUGUUUUAGUUAGUCAAGUUAAUAGAUUGAGAAAAAUGAAACGCCCUGUUGUAGGUGUUGGCUGUGCUUCUACUGGUGAUACUUCUGCUGCUUUAUCUGCUUAUUGUGCUUCUGCUGGUAUCCCUUCUAUUGUUUUUUUACCCGCUGAUAAGAUUUCCAUGGCGCAGCUAGUUCAGCCCAUUGCAAAUGGGGCAUUUGUGUUGAGUAUCGAUACCGAUUUUGAUGGUUGUAUGCAGUUGAUUAGGGAGGUGACAGCGGAAUUGCCGAUUUAUUUGGCUAAUUCUUUGAAUAGUUUAAGGCUUGAGGGACAGAAAACUGCUGCUAUUGAGAUUUUGCAGCAGUUUGAUUGGGAAGUUCCUGAUUGGGUGAUUGUUCCUGGUGGGAAUUUGGGUAAUAUUUAUGCUUUUUACAAAGGUUUUAAAAUGUGCUAUGAAUUGGGUCUUGUUAAUAAGAUGCCUAGGUUGGUUUGUGCUCAAGCUGCUAAUGCUAAUCCAUUGUAUUUGCAUUAUAAGUCUGGUUGGAAUGAUUUUAAGCCUGUGAAAGCAAAUACUACGUUUGCUUCCGCUAUUCAGAUUGGCGAUCCUGUAUCCAUCGACAGGGCGGUUUUUGCUUUGCAAAAUUGUGAUGGAAUUGUCGAGGAGGCAACCGAGGAAGAGCUUAUGGAUGCCAUGGCUCAGGCUGAUUCUACCGGAAUGUUCAUUUGCCCGCAUACCGGUGUUGCUUUGACUGCUUUGUUUAAACUGAGGAAUCAGGGUGUCAUCGGUCCAAACGAUAGGACGGUUGUUGUGAGUACUGCACAUGGGUUGAAAUUUACACAGUCUAAGAUCGAUUAUCAUUCGAAGAAUAUCCCCGAUAUGUCUUGCAAGUUUGCUAAUCCACCGGUGGAAGUGAAGGCGGAUUUUGGUGCAGUAAUGGAUGUUCUUAAAGGGUAUUUGAAUAAAGCUCCAAAAGUUUAAGUGAGUAGUUGGCUUUUGUCAAUGGAGAAGGCUUGCGGUUUAGCCCAUACAUUAAAGUGCGUUUACAGUCACGAUCGCGGCAAUGAAUGUGAUGCGGUAAUGUGAGUGAUGCAGUUAUCGUAACACUUACAUGUCGGUUGAAACCAUAAGAUAUCUUUUGAUAUAGCCUAAAACACGAUUUAUUUACACCUUUAUUGUUCGAAAAAUAUCAGUUCGUUCAUUUUGAAAACCUUUACAAUGCGGCCGAUGUGAUGCGAUGCGACCUUGUUUUUAUACUAUGGUUUAGUUAUUGUAUUUGAGUAUCUGUAAUGAUUCGAUUCUAUGUGAAUAGUAUACCUUCUAAUAUUAUAUUGUGAUUUUU